AUGGUGGAAAAAAAACACUGGAUUAAGAUUAGAGGACAAAAGGCUCUUGGUUGCCCGGCUGAGUCCAGAGACCUAAAGGAGCUGAGUUGUCCUGAACAGCAUAUUGACGAGUGCCUACAGGGCCGUUGCAAGAAUGCAGCCAGGUGCGUCAACUCCAUUGGUGGGUUCACAUGUGCAUGCGCACCGGGCUGGCAGGGAACCAACUGUGAUGUCGAUAUUGACGAGUGCUGGCAGAUCCGCUGCAAGAAUAGAGCCAGCUGCGUUAACUCCCUUGGUGGGUACACAUGUACGUGCGCACCGGGCUGGCAGGGAAACAACUGUGAUGUCGAUGUUGACGAGUGUCUACAGAGCCGUUGCAAGAAUAGAGCCAGGUGCGUCAACUCCCUCGGCGGGUACAACUGUACGUGCGCACCGGGCUGGCAGGGAACCAACUGUGAUGUCGAUAUUGACGAGUGCCGACAAGGCCGUUGCGAAAAAGGAGCCAGGUGCGUCAACUCCCUCGGUGGUUACAGCUGUACGUGCGCGCCGGGCUGGCAGGGAACCAACUGUGAUGACGAUAUAGACGAGUGCCUGCAAGGCCGUUGCGAAAAAGGAGCCAGGUGCGUCAACUCCCUCGGUGGUUACAGCUGUACGUGCGCGCCGGGCUGGCAGGGAACCAACUGUGAUGACGGUGAGUCUCAUUUUGCUCUCCUUUUAUUUGAACAACACAUUUUCGGGAAGGUUGCACGGUCAUUGCACGCAAUAGGCUAG